ACACAGACACACAUACAUUUCCAUGCAUCAACAAAAAGAACAACUACAACAACAACAGCGCACAGCAGCCGUGCUGCCAACCUGCGCCAGUUGCCUCUGCCCCCUGCUCGCCCACAAUCACAACGAUGAGCCGAUCGUUAUGGCACUCGGCCAGCAAUGGCAUUGCGAUUGCUUUCGCUGUUCGGUGUGCGAUUCCCAUUUGCAUAGCUGGUAUUUUGAGCGCGAGAAUUUGCUGUAUUGCCGCGAGGAUUAUUAUGCGCGUUUCGGCGAUGCCUGCCAGCAGUGUACGGCGGUUAUAACGGGUCCGGUAAUGGUUGCCGGCGAGCAUAAAUUUCAUCCGGAAUGCUUUUGCUGUGCCGCCUGCGGUUCAUUUAUUGGCGAGGGCGAAUCCUAUGCCCUGGUCGAACGUUCCAAGCUCUACUGCGGCCAUUGCUAUGGCAAACGCCUGCCCGUGGAUGCCCGGGCGCGCAUCACAAAUGCCGGCAAGCCCAUGCAUUCCAUACGACUCGUCGAGAUACCCAAGGAUGCGACGCCCGGCCUCCGUGUGGACGGCGGCGCCCUCGAUGAUGGUUGUCCCACGGUGCGGAUAACCGACUUAAUUUGUAAAUUUUAUGGUCGCAUGGGCAAAUACGCCUUCUCCCUGCUUACCUCGGUGGCGGAUCGUUGUUGUGCUUCAUAUAGGAUCGAUGUGAAUUUGACGAAUCUGCACAUUGGCGAUCGCAUACUGGAGGUCAAUGGCACUCCGGUCAGCAAUUCGUCCGUGGACCAGAUCGACAAGCUGAUACGCAGCAACGAGAAGAUGCUCCAGCUGACCGUCGAGCAUGAUCCGGUGCAGGUGUGCCGCAGCUGCAGCCAGGCGGACAUCCAGCGUGCCAGCUCCGCAACGACCUUGGUGCUGCCGCUGAGCACAUCCGCCUCCAGCGUCGAGGUAGGCGGACGCGGUCGCGAGCGUCUCUACAAGGCAGCCGCCACCGAGCCCAGCGGCAAGAUGCGCAAGAUGCGUCAGCAAACGGUGCAAUCCCUGCAAGCGUCCAAGUCAAACGUGCAACAGCCGCAGCAGCCCGUCGAGCAGCAGCAGCAGCCGGCACUGUCAUCCCAGCUAAAGGAGAAGGAGCGCUGCUCGAGCCUGUCCAAGCUAUUGGAUGAACAGCACACGGCGCAACAGCAUUCGGCGCAUCCGCAGCUCUACGAUUUGUCGCGCACCCAAAGCUGUCGCGUUGUCCAGAAGCCGCAACGUAUAUUUCGCGCCUCCGAUCUGGUCAUGGGCGAGAAACUGGGCGAGGGCUUCUUUGGGAAGGUGUACAAGGUGACGCAUCGUCUGACCGGCGAGCUGAUGGUGCUCAAGGAGCUGCAUCGCGCCGACGAGGAGGCGCAGCGUAAUUUCAUCAAAGAGGUCGCCGUGCUGCGUCUGCUCGACCAUCGGCACGUGCUCAAGUUCAUUGGCGUGCUCUACAAGGACAAGAAGCUGCACAUGGUCACCGAAUAUGUGGCCGGCGGCUGUCUCAAGGAGCUGAUUCAUGACCCGUGCCAGACGCUGAGCUGGGCGCAGCGCGUCUGCCUGGCCAGGGACAUUGCCUGCGGCAUGAGCUAUCUGCAUUCCAUGAACAUCAUCCAUCGUGAUCUCAACUCGAUGAAUUGUCUGGUGCGCGAGGAUCAUUCGGUGAUCGUUGCCGACUUUGGCCUGGCACGCAGCGUCGAUGCGCCACGUUUGCCGGGCGCCAUGCCCACGUCGAGCGCCAGUGCCAGCUCGACGGCUGGCAUGGACGCGAACGCCAUGUCGCCCAGCGGCACGCUGAGGCGCAGCAAGAGUCGACAGCGACGCCAGCGCUAUACGGUUGUGGGCAAUCCCUAUUGGAUGGCGCCCGAGAUGAUGAAGGGCCUCAAGUACGACGAGAAAGUGGAUGUCUUCUCCUUUGGCAUAAUGCUAUGCGAGAUCAUUGGUCGCGUGGAGGCCGAUCCGGACUAUAUGCCACGCAACUCGGACUUCAGCCUGAAUCAGCAGGAGUUUCGCGAAAAGUUCUGCGCCCAGUGCCCGGAGGCGUUCGUCAAGGUGGCCUUCGUCUGUUGCGACCUAAAUCCGGAUAUGCGUCCGUGCUUCGAGACGCUGUACAUUUGGCUGGAGCAGCUGCGCCAGCAUUUGGAUGCACAGCAACAGCCGCCGGCGCGUCUGCUGCACGAAAUCGAAAACUUUCAGGAUAGCUACAUCAGCUCCGAGGAUGCCCUAUCGCCCACCUCGCAGCGCAGUCUGGACAACCUGAACGUGACGGACAUCGCAUCCGAAAAGACAACUCCGCUGACGACGACGGCGACGGCGACAACGCUGCCCGCCAGCGAGCUGGAGGAGAAGGAGAACGUGGAGCUGUUGGAGAACGUGGUGAUGCGGCCGCAGGAUAUACCCAAAUCGCCGCACCUGGGCAAGGAUUUCUCGCCCAGCGGCGAACGUUUGCGCGACAGCAUGCGCGCCCGUCGCCGGCAACGAUUCCUGGGCGCCCAGCCCGCCCAGCUGCGCGGCCUCACGCCGGAGACAACCUCGACGGAGCGUGCGCUCAAGCAGGCGCUCAAGAAAUGCCGGCCAUUUGGCGAAAAGGGUUAUCUCGUGGACUUGCGGCCUGGCGCCGAACUGCAGCUAAACGAUGUGCGCGACCUGAACAACUAUUCGGACGUGGACUCCAGCUGCGAUACGAGCCUCAAUUACCAUGAGGUGAAUGCCACAACGCCGACGCCGACGCCGCCGCCGGUGGCGCCGCCCACGCCGCCGCCUUUGCCACCGGCCGAGCAUCGGCUGGCGUUUGAGGAUAUGCGAACGCGUCUGCAUCAAUGCCGCAGCAAAUUCGAGCAUCUGGAGGAGGCGAAUCGACGCAACUUUAGUCAAUCGCAGCACUCGAUGCGCAACUUCUUCAAAACGCCGCCGGUGGCCCUUAAAAUGUUUCAGCGUCUCGAGCACGAGGCCUCGCUGAACGGCAACAAGGCGACCGCGCAGCGCAUCAAUCAGACGCCCAUCUUUGGACGCAGACAGCUGCCCGCGCCGCACACACAGCUGCAGCAGGCGGAGUCGCUGGAGCAUCUGGCAGCAGCAGCAGCAGCAGCAACAACAACGCCGCCGUCGGCCAAGCAGACGCCGGCGCCCAAGCGCAGCAAAGCGGCCGCCAGCAUUGCCGCUGCCGUUGUCGAGCCGCAUGCCACUGCAACGGCAACAGCAGCUGCCGCCCAAGCAGCGCCCGCGGCGACAGCAGCUGCCAGCGAUUGCCUGCCCAAGAAGCACAAGCUGACGCUGCCGCUGGCCGCUAGCCCGCAGCAGCGACGUCCUGCACAGGCGCCCAGCAAGGCCAAGCCGCCGAAGACCGCAGCCAACGGGAGCGGCGGCGCCGGCUGCGUCUCGCCCACACGCAACAGACCCGGCUCGCCGGGCAAGCAUCUGGCACAACGACACACGGCCGCGACAGCGCAGCGACAGAGCAACAAUCAUGUCUCAUCAGCCCAGCAGCAGCAGCAGCAGCAUCAGCUCUCGAAGAGCACUCGCCUCAGCAUACUCAGUCCGGAGAAGGUGCAUCGCCUGGGCGCCCGUCUCACUGACCAGAAGCAGAAGAUGCGCGAGGAGGCGGCAGCAGCAGCAGCGGCGGCGGCUGCUGCUGCUGCUGCUUUGGGCGCCAGCAGCAAUGGCCAUGCUGGAGCGGGGCAUGGACGCGCGGGAGCGGCUGGAGCGGGCAACAGUGUGACCGUAGAUCGUAGAAGACGAGCGGCGCCAGCGCCGCCGCCGCCGGUGCGGACGCACUUUAAUACACGUUGUUAACUGUUAUAUGUUCGAUGGCUGUUAUACGCGCGUGGCAAUUGUGUUGUGAACUGUCAAUUUGUGCAGAAAUUUCCAUAACUGUUAUACGCAUCAGACGCACAAGCCCAGCAAUUGUUACAAACGACUACUGUUAUACACAGCAACAGCAACUUAUACCCACAACUGUAAUACACUUCAUCAGUGGCUGUUAAGCACGCCUGGCAACAGCACUGGGUAUCAACUGUUAUACACAGCAAUGGCCAACCAUUAUAAACAACAACAGCUUCAAAUUUCUUCCACGAUUGUUAUACGGCGCUUUUAUUGGCUGUUAUACAGCAGCUCGUGAGUAACUGUUAUACGCAACAAUUGUUAUAUAUUUCAGCUGUUUCACUUAGCCAUUGUUAUGCGCCAAAGCUGAUGAGCGCAGUAGCCCAGAAAGUGUUAUAAACAGUAACUGUUAUACCCGGCAACACAUCAAUAACGACAACAAGAACAACAGCGGCAGCAGCAACGCAUUCCCACAACUGUUAUACAACGCAUUCCACAAACGCAAACAUUCCAUCGUGCAUUGCAUUGGCAAUACGAAAAUGAAAAAGCCCAAAAACGACAAAUCAACGAAGCUGACGACGAACAGAAAACGAAGCGAACAGCGUUGCCACCUGGCGGUAACCAGCGGCAGCGCAGCGACGGCGGUUGCCAAAACUGUCCGACUGUAGUAGUAGAAGUAGCACUCUCGCGCGAAAGAGAGGAGCAGAAGAAAGUAAAAAAAAAAAAACAAAGAGUAGGCCAGUCAGAAUGAGCUAGAGAGAGCGAGAGUGAGAGCGAAAGAGAGAUAUUGUUAACGAAGUUAAAAGCAAAAUGUUACGAAACUUGCCCUUAUAAUCAGUGCAGCUAAUCCAACUGUUAUACAGCUUGAAUGACAGCAAAAGCAAUUGUAAAAACAACUAACGCGUCGCGGUAUAACAUAUAACAGCUAUGCUCAAUUAUAACAACUGUUACACAGCGUUAGUUAACAGUUCAAAGAUUCUGUUAAAAUAAUCCAACUUAUUUUUUUGUUGUAUCUAUUAAAUAAACUUAUAUCUCCGUAUACUUAGAGUAUAUCCAAUCUAAACCAAGGUGAAGUGCCUGUAAAAAAAAAACACAGAUGUUGCAAUAUUUACAAGUUGUAUAAAACGAUAUAAACCUAGCAGCUAAGUUUACAGGGUAUAUUUGCAUUAAAUUAACAGUUCCCAACAUAAACGUAAAGUAAAGCAAUUUUUUUUUUCUGUCGCUCUAUGGCGAAACUGUAAGAAAGAGAGAGAGAGAGAGAGAGAUGACAAAUCGAAUAACGAAUACGAAUAGAAACGAGAUGGAGAAAACCUAGUGCCAUGGCCCACCCAAGCGAGAAAGAGACAGGCAACAAAAGCUGUUACAAAAAAAAAAAAUAAUAAUAAUAAUAAUAAUAAUAAUGACAAGUCUGUGUUAGG